UUGCUGUUAUACUUUAUGGAUUGAUAAAGUUUAUUUUGUUUCGAGAGAGCAAAAGUGGUUAUUUCCCCCAAACAGUUUGUGAUAAGAACAAUUAUACGCAUAUGAAAAGUUCAUAGAUAUUUUCUGAGUAAUAUGACUGGUCUAGUAUUAACGAUAAAAGAGAGUGACUAAUAAACUCGUAUUGCAUAGUGUACAGUGGUGAUUUAUAUUUGAUAAUAAUUAAUGCGUAAAAGCAAUUCACACAAGAAUCUAUUCGUUCGUAUAUAAAACUGUAUUCAUGACGAGAACUGUGAAUCGGUCUUUAGAACAGAGUCAUCAUGGAAACCAAAUGGCAACAAUAGUAUUUGAUUGUGAAUAACGUCCACGCACAUGCACAUAGAAUAUCUUUCCAUUAGGGGAAUUUCAUCACAUUCUUCGACACUCGCUAUCAGUUUGAGAGGGUUUAUUUUACCAGCGCAGUAACGUACUGACUAAUAGUAGAUAAAGCAUCGACAAUCUCACAUAAAGUAGCAAUUAUCGUUUGUGAAGGAUGCUUUUCUACAUUCCGAAUAGAAUAGUAAAGUUGGUCGGUCAUUAAGACUCUAAAAGUUUUGUUGAAACAUUGUAGUGAUAACUUCAAUCGCGAAAUUAUGGCAAUUAGCUCAAAAGGUGUAUUCCAUGCUCUUGAAACUUUCAAAAAUGCCCCAAAACACAUAAAAUGUAAUUCGGAACGCUUUGUAGCAGCAGGAUUUCAAUAUAGUGGAAACAACAAUGAAGUGCAUUGUGAAACUUGUGAGACAACAGUGAACGUCUCCGACGGCAACAUCGACCCAUGGGAUUCUCAUCAGAGCGCAUCACCAAAUUGUGUUUACUUGAAACUAAUAGCAAACUAUACACCUAAGCAAUCUCCACCGUCGGAAGAUGAAAAGAAAUCUAACCUUACUGCGUCCCUUUCAUCUAUUGCCAAGUCCUACGAUAAUGCACCUCUGGCAUUGAAGGCGGUAGCGCCAGGACUCACCUUAUCAGGUUUCUACUACACCGGACAGGGAGAUCAAAUAAAAUGUUGUAGUUGUGAAGAGACCUAUGAAAGUUUUCCUCAAGAUGUGGAUCCUUGGGAGUGGCACUUAAAAUCAAAACCAGAUUGUGAAUACGUUCAGCUAGUACAAAAAUAUGCAUUAUUUGACUACCCAGGUGGACAAAACUUGUUCGCAAAGGUUGCAUCUUAUGAGAAAUCUCCCGAGGUUUUGAAGAAGAAGUGCGGACAAUACGCAAUGGCAGGGUUUUUCUACACAGGCUAUUCCGAUCAUGUGCAUUGCCGUAGUUGUAAUUCAAAACUAUCUCAAAUAGCAGAAGACACUGACCCUUGGAGAGAACACAUUAAACUUAAGCCAGAUUGUAAGUACAUGCAAGUUGUCCAAAAAUACGGGAUAAUGGAAGCAAUGUGCCAACAGGAUUUGUCAGCAAACCUUGAAUCAUAUGAGAAGGCGCCCAUAGUGCUGAAGAAAACAGCUUGGAGGUACGCCAUGUCUGGUUUCGUAUACACCGGGUUCAGUGACCAAGUAUUUUGUCGCUGUUGUGGCACAACUCUCUCUGAAUGGACGGAACUUGACGAUCCCUGGCAAAAACAUAUAACAAAUGCUCCAGAUUGUAAAUAUGUUGAGAUUCUAGAAAAGCAUAAAUUGAUGGAUUUAACUGAUCAAGAUUUAUUCACAAAGAUAACAUCCUUUGAGUCGGCACCUAGGAAUUUGUGGAGGAUAAGAGCUGAACUCGCCAUGGCUGGCUUUUCCUACACAGGAAAAGGUGAUAAUGUGAAGUGUUACAGUUGUUGGCUCAAUCGAUCUAAUUGGACAGAUGAAAUGAACCCUUGGGAAAAACAUCUUGAAAACUCUCCGAAUUGCAAAUAUGUUAAGCUGCUGCAAAAGCAUAGUUCCCUGUUAGAAAAUGUUCAAAACUAUGAGGAUGCAGAUAACUGGGAAGGGAAGAAAGAAGUGGAAGACGAGAAAGAGGAUGAACAAGAGGACGACGAAGACUUAUGUAUGUAAAUGAAACCGUGGAAGUGGAAAUAGUCUAGCUAAUCUAAGUGUGCUUUCGAACUGUGAAAUAAUUUUUAACAAUUUCUAAAAAUGAUUUGAGAAGACUCUUCAUAAUAGAUUUUUAAUUUAAUUGAUUUUGAUGAAGUUUGUAACGUUUGGAUCCAAACAAGGCCCUUCUUUAAAUAAAAGAAAUACA